CCCAUUCACCUCUGUAGCCCACGUCACACUUUUAGGGGAUAAAAUCAGAAAAAGGGCUAAUAAUCCUGGAGUCUGUGGAGCAAACAGCGGCUGCACUGCUCAACCUCAGCGCCAAUAUGUUGUACCUGGAGACCAAUCCACCCACAUCCUACAGUGAGCCACAGUACACAAGCCUGGGGCUCCUCAAUAGCAUGGAUCAGAAUGGUGGUUCCACCUCUACCAGCCCCUACAACAACGAUCAUUCUCAGAACAAUGUUACGGCCCCAUCACCCUAUGCCCAGCCCAGUUCCACCUUUGAGGCCCUGUCUCCAUCACCUGCCAUCCCAUCAAACACAGACUAUGCUGGUCCACACACCUUCGAUGUGUCCUUCCAGCAGUCCAGCACAGCCAAAUCAGCCACCUGGACGUACUCCACAGAGCUGAAGAAGCUAUACUGUCAGAUUGCUAAAACCUGUCCUAUUCAAAUCAAAGUUCUUACCAACCCGCCUCAGGGCUCAGUCAUACGGGCCAUGCCCGUCUAUAAGAAAGCGGAGCAUGUUACUGAGGUGGUCAAACGGUGCCCGAACCAUGAACUGAGCCGAGAGUUCAAUGACGGCCAAAUAGCCCCACCCAGUCACCUGAUUAGGGUUGAGGGGAACAGUCAUGCCCAGUACGUGGAGGAUACCAUUACUGGGCGACAGAGUGUGCUGGUGCCUUACGAACCCCCUCAGGUGGGCACAGAGUUCACAACCAUACUCUACAAUUUCAUGUGCAACUCCAGCUGUGUUGGCGGAAUGAACAGACGGCCGAUCCUCAUCAUUGUAACCUUGGAAACCAGAGAUGGUCAGGUUUUGGGCCGAAGGUGUUUUGAGGCUCGUAUCUGCGCAUGCCCUGGACGUGACCGCAAAGCGGAUGAGGACAGCAUCCGCAAACAACACGUCAGCGAUGGCACAAAGAGCAGUGAGGGUACGAAACACCCUUUCCGUCAGGCCUCUCACCUCUCCCAGCUGCCCUCCAUCAAGAAGAGAAGAUCCACCGAUGAGGAAGUGUUUUGUCUGCCUAUUAAAGGCCGUGAAAUAUAUGAGAUUUUGGUGAAAAUCAAAGAGUCUUUGGAACUCAUGCAGUUCCUCCCUCAGCACACUAUUGAGUCAUACAGACAGCAGCAGCAGAACCUUCUGCAGAAACAGAGCUCUCUGCCACCUCAGCCAACCUUCGGUUCCAGCUCACCCACUCUGGUCAAGAACAAGCUGCCAUCAGUUAGUCAGCUCAUAAACCCCCAACAACGCAACACACUCACCCCAUCAAGCAUGGGUGGAGGAUUGACUGACAUGAACUCUCCCAUGAUGGGUGGCCCUGUACCUAUGAAUACAGACAUGAGUGCCCUGAGCCCUACCAACCCCCUGCAGCCUCAGUUACAAAUGGUGCCCUCCUCUCACUGCACACCUCCUCCACCAUACCCAAUGGACAACAGCAUUUCCAGCUUCCUAUUGAGGCUGGGCUGCUCAGCCUGUUUGGACUAUUUCACUGCCCAGGGUCUGACCAAUAUUUACCAGAUUGAGAACUACAACUUGGAGGACUUGUCCAGGCUGAAGAUUCCCACAGAAUUCCAGCACAUCAUCUGGAAAGGAAUCAUGGAGUACCGACAGACCAUGGAGUUCUCUCCACCUCCCCACAUCUUGCGCACCUCUAGUGGGACAUCCACUGUCAGCGUGGGCUCCACCGAAGCACGAGGCGAGCGUGUGAUCGAUGCUGUGCGUUUCACACUGCGCCAGACCAUUUCCUUCCCUCCGCGAGACGACUGGUCCGAUUUCUCCUUUGACCUGGCCCCUGACUCACGCCGCAACAAGCAACAGCGCAUCAAAGAGGAGGGGGAAUGAAUGUGAUGCCUAGCCACAAUACAAUACAAUACAAUAUAUUCAUGUCAACAGUGCACAUUUACUGUAAUUUCAUAUUAACACACUUGGGUGUUUGUCCAAAUCGUUUCACAGUUUUCCUCUGCAAAUGAUAAUAAAAGAAAAACUGUGAGCUUUAUAGUGCUCUAGGUCACUUAAAAUUAAAUAGGCAGAUAAAAUGCACUUAAAGUCCUUUUUCCUCUGGUGGAUUUAGCUCUUGUCAUUUCAAGCCCCUUUAUUAAACAUUAGCAGCUGUGGCUGAGUGAGAAAUGGUGCUUUGCUAAACUGUUUAGUCAUUUUUAAUGUUUCUUGAGACAAAGCACUUAAGAAAUGCUGAAAUGUUAUUACUACGCGCAAUAUAAAACACUGAACUUUGGGGGUUCUUUUUACAUUUUUACAUUUAUGCUAAAGGUACUGUAUACUUUUAUAUGUUCAUCAUUAUUGUCGUUCUUUUUUUCUUUUUUUUUGUAAAAAAACUUUUCCUCCCUGUAGGAGCUUUAGUGUUACUUGUUUAUAAUCUUUAUUGCGAUCAUUCCUUGCAGUUGAACAAUAUGCUUUUUUGAAACUCUGACAUUUGUCAGUUUUGAUUGUAUGCAUUUCAAAUCGCACAUUUUUUUUUCUUUAUUCUCAAAAAAAAAAAAAAAAAAAAAAAAAAAAAAGUGUUAUUCAUUUUUGGAUGUAAGACUGACAUUAUGUAGCCUCCAUGUAAUACUGUAAACCCUUUAUUGUAUCUUAUUUGUAAGUCGUAAACCCUCUAAUACUGUUGAAUUGCAGUAUGUAAGUAUUGAAUCGCUCCUAAGGUUUGUGAAAAUGAAUAUGGAGACGUGCUCUGUUUACAAUCGUCUAAAAGUGAUUUCCAUUGGCCAUUCCUUCAGUAUUUGUUUUUUUAUUUUUUUUUACAAAUUUUCUAUUCACUUGAUGCUCGUUAUAAGGCUAAUGUGGCAAUAUUGUACAGUUUAAUUUCACUUUCAUUUGACAACCAAGUAAACAAUUCUUUAUCAAACUAUAAGGAAUUAUUGUAAAUAUGUUGCAAUGUACUUAUUUUGAUAUAAACAAAAAAAAAAAAAACAUUUUACAUUGUUGCAUGCUGUUAUGUGCAAUUAUGACAAAUUUACCCAAUUUAUUCAUACAGAGUGAGACAUGGUGGACCUCAUUUGGAUUUAUUAAAACUUUUAUCAAUAGUAAUCCAUGGUUUUAACAAACAAUUAAUACAAGGGACUUUUAUUUAAGCUUUCAAAUAAAUUUUUCAGAACUAGCAUAGUGUGACAAAGUGGCAGGACUUUUUCCUCACACAGAGGGACCAAAAAUAUAUAAAUAGCUCUCCCCUAGUCUUCAUGUCAACCUUAAUUUUCCUUACAUUCCUUUGAUCUGUGUUAAGAUGUACCGUUAUGAUUGAUACUGGUAAAUGGUUUAUUUAUUUAUGCAUUUAUUUGAUUUCGAUGACAACUGGCUUAUGAAUCCAGUCUAUUUCUUCAGGAGCUGGUCCACAUAAUGCAAUCAAUUAUUGGCAUCUGAAAACUUUUUCUCAAUACAUUCUCUGGUAAACUUGGCCAUGAUUUACAGAGAAGUCUAGUUUUACUGUAAGUGUACAAUGACUUUCUCUUGACCUGUUCCCUUUAAUCAUCAAGGCUGCAAUCACAAAAUUUCUUGGAAUCAGAAUAUAACAGGUGACUUAAAAGGUUAUCAUUAUUUCUGGUUUCCAAAGGUCAUUUUAAUGAGUUGUGUGUAAGUAUUUGUGCAUCACACUGGUGCAGCCUCUUUUGUGCAAGCAACAUCGUGGAGAGUAGUGUUCUUUCCCAAUAUGAAAAUUAAGCACAUACAUCAUCAAUGCCAGUGAUCUGACUCCAAUUAUUUGUGCUGUAAAGACACUGCUCUGAUAAAUAUGCAUGAAACUCUUCUCUGUUACAUGAGUUCACAGCAAUAUAUGAUACUUAAAUCUUCAAAUGGCAAAUUAAUUAAUAACCUCAUAUAUUAAAGUAUUCCAAAAAUGUUUUCUCAUCCAGAGGACCUGUUUGAGUCUUUCAUAUAAAAUGCAGUAGCUUUUCAUUAAGGCUCGAGACAGAUAAAGGAGAGAUAAUAAAUCUAACUUGCCUAAUUAACUCAGGUUCUCAAAACAGAAAUGAUAACAAAAGCAAAAUAAACAAAUUAAACAUUUCAAAUGCAGGCUCGUAUUCACAUCUCCUUGCCUAAAUUUUUAGAAUUCCUGUCAAUCAUGAUAGCAACGCGCCCAAAGAGUCUUGACAGCACUCAAGUUCUCAAUGUCAGUGUUGCCCAGGGAGGAGAUGGAAGGGACGAUGUCAAAGAAACAGAGUGUGUAAAUGUUCUACUCCCUCCUUCCCCUUCAGGCUGACAUCUGGCUGGAGCAGUGGUCGUCCCCUGGAUGAC